AUGAUCGCACAACCAGGAGAGUCUUCAGUGAUCGCGUAUCUACAGCAGAAUCGGCUCGAACUGACUCCUGACGGGCAACAUAUUCGUUGGAGUCAUGGAAAUGCAAUCCAUCCGAGGAAUUGGCCUGUGUUACGGAAGUCUUUUGACACUGGACUCAUCUGCCUCCUCGACCUUCUUCUAUUCCUGCUAGGCCAGGUCGUGGGGACAAUUGUCCUACCGCCAUGGUCAGAAGCGUUUGGUCGCAAAAAGCUAUAUCUGAUCAGCAGUGCUUUAAGCUGCGUAUGCUGCGCAAUAAUUGGCGGCGUCCAAUCCCUCGCUGCUGUCAUCGUCGGACGUGUCUUCGCCGGGUUGAUUGCGGCCAUUCCAUACACGGUCGGAAUGGGAAGUGUUGAGGAUAUGUGGUCUUCUCGUCCACGCAUAUGGGUGACCUUCCUAUGGACCAUAGCCUCGAACCUCGGAUUAUGUGUUGGUCCUAUCAUGGGCACAUACAUCAGCGUUUUCCUAAACUGGAGGUGGCUCUUCUACAUCUAUGCAAUCAUGAUCGCGGUCAUCGCUGCACUGUUCUUGUUUACUCGCGAGUCCCGACCAUCGCUUUUGCUCUCGAGAGAGGUUGAGAAAAUGCGCCAUCACACGGGAUCCAGGUUUCAGGCCCUAAAUCAUGAUUAUAUACCGGACCUGCGCACAUUUGUCAAGGUGUCAUUGUUCCGGCCCGCGAUACUCUUCUUCAGGGAGCCCUUGGUCUUUGUUGUUUCCGUGAUGGUGGCUUUCGCCUUCUCCCUUCUCUAUAUAUUUACCGAAGCCCUGCAGCCAAUCUACGAGGCGCUGGGUUUCACCCGUACCCAGUCGUCUCUGGCCUUCGUUGCCAUCGCGUGUGGCAUCUGGUUCAGCUCUCUGACUCGAAUCCUCGACAACCGUAUCAUUGAUACUCGACACCGGAACCAGCAGCCGGUGAAGCCUGAAGAUAAAUUACUUGGCCUUGCGAUCGGCGCUCCCGUGUUGGCUCUUAGUAUGUGGUGGUUCGGUUGGACGAUUCCCCCAAGGCAGCAGGAUGUACACUGGAUCGUGCCUUCGAUUCCGCUGGCAAUGAUGGGAUAUGCGUUGAAUGAGUUCGAUACAGUACUCUAUGGCUAUUUAGGAGAUUGCUACCUGAGCUACUCGGCUAGUGCUACCGCUGCUGUGGCCUUCCUGCGCGCCUUGCUCUCUGGGGUGUUCCCGCUGUUUACGAAGCAGAUGUUCGAGGCGCUGACCCCCAAUGUAGCUGUCUCGGUACUUGCUGCGCUUGCUACAAUGUUUUGUAUCGCUCCUCCAUUGUUCAUGUGCUAUGGAGAGCGAAUCCGAGGGCGAAGUCCGUUUGCAAAACAUAGUGUUGAGGUCGAGGCUGAACUUGGGAACAAAGAUGAGGGUUACUGAUUUGGGUGUAUGCAUAAUCCAAGCGUGCGUACCGGAUGAUAUACAGCUUGGCUGGUGUAUAUCAUGAAGUACUACUUCCCCAGUAAUGAU